AUGCCCAUUCCAGGGAUGGCUUUGAGCCCGGUGAAGUCUCUGUACUGGGAGGUGUUCCCCCCCAUGGCCACGCACAGGGUGUACUGCACGCCCGUGCUCUGGGCUGGACACCUAUAUGUGCUGGGGGGCUGUAACGAAAAUGGCCUCCCACUGGACUCUGCCGAGGUGCUGGAUCUGGAGAGCCAGCGUUGGUGUGAGCUGCCCCCUCUCCUCACUGCCCGGGCGGGGGCAUCUGCCACGGCCGUCGGAGACCAGCUGAUGGUCAUGGGAGGCAUGGAUGCACAACAGAGCCCAUUGGCCUCAGUGGAGGUGUAUCACCCUGAUGAAGGCAAGUGGGAGAGGAAGACAGGACUGGGCCAGCCUUCCAUGGGCAUCACCGCACUGGAGAAAGAUGGCAAGGUGUAUGCACUGGGCGGAAUGGGUGCAGACACAACUCCUCAGGCCACAGUGAGGAUAUAUGAACCAGCAAAGGACCAAUGGCUGCCCCUCACCACCAUGCCAACUCCCCGCUAUGGAGCAUUCUCUUUCCUGCGUGGCAACAAGAUCUAUGUUCUUGGUGGGCGUCAGGGCAGGCUGCCAGUGACCGCAUUCGAGGCCUUUGACCUGGAGAUGAAGAGCUGGACACGGUACCCGUGUAUCCCCAGCCGCAGAGCCUUCUCCUGCUGUGCUGCAACUGACAGGGCGUUCUUCAGCCUGGGGGGUCUCCAGCAGCCCGGACCACACAACUUCUACUCCAGACCUCACUUCGUCUCCACUGUGGAGGAAUUCGAUUGUGAGCAGGGUGUAUGGCUGAAGGCCACACGGAGCUGUCGCAUGCAAGAAAAGCGAGCAGAUUUUGUAGCCGGCUGUCUUGGCGGACGGGUCAUCGCUGCGGGGGGACUUGGUAACCAACCGUCACCGUUGGCUUCAGUGGAGAGUUAUAACCAGCUGAAGAGGAGAUGGGAGGCCGUGGCCCCCUUACCCACCCCUCGCUGCUCCUGUGCCUCCAUUCAGACCCAGAACAUGCUGUUCCUCAUUGGAGGGGUCUCCCAAGGUCCCAGCAAUUCUGUAGAAGCCCUGUGUCUCAAAGAAACUGUCUGACGCAUACACACUUCAAUGAACAAAUACAUCACAUCAUCCUCACAUGCUGUACUAUACAAAGAGCACAAGCUCUGCAAACACACACACAAACAAACAAGCCAAGCUGACCUGUAUGUCUCUUGGACAUAUUCACAGACUUUUCCUACAGAGGAUGCAUCAGCUUUAUACUUUGAAUAAUGGAGACAAUCUACUGGAGCUUGGAUAUAAGACUCUUGGGCUGGAGA